AUGCCUCCCUGGAACGCGACCAAAGCAAAGGUUCAACUACGGUUGGCCGUGCAGCGGCUGCGUACGCUGCAGGAGAAGAAAGAAGCGCAAGCCAAGUCGGCACGCCGCGACAUUGCUACUCUGCUGGAGAAGGCCAAGGUGGAGACAGCAAGGAUAAAGGUCGAAAACAUCAUCAACGAAGACAUCUACCUGGAACUCUUGGAGCUACUUGAGCUGUAUUCAGAAUUGUUGAUCGCAAGAUUCGGUCUCUUGGACAACAAUGCUCGGGAGCCCGAUCCAGGUGUCAGUGAAGCAAUCAAUGCAGUGAUUUAUGCUGCUCCUCGAACUGAACUCAAAGAGUUGCACGUUCUUCGAGACCUGCUCAUGCAUAAGUUUGGACGUGAAUACUCCAGCGCGGUAAUGGAGAAUCGGGAUAAUUGUGUCUCUGAUAGAAUAGCCCGCAAACUCAGGGUUGAACCCCCUUCCAGUGAACUAGUCGAUGCAUACUUGGCCGAAAUAGCCAAAGCUUAUGGCGUCGACUGGGCACCGUCGGCAGGGAACGACGAUAUCGGUGACGGCGGUCUCAAGGAAGCUCCGCAAGCCGUACAGCCGCCUGAUUCUUCCGGAAAAGAGAAGGCUCUCGUCGUGGCCGAUAUAGCGGUCAAGCCCGUUAAGGGACCGACGCCUGAGCCAACGUUGCCAGACGUUCCGCCGACGGAGGAGGAAGUGCGCAAGCCAGAAGCGCCAGCAGGCAAGAGUGAUAAUGCUCGGACUCCGGCUGCACCGCCGACGGUCGAUGAAUUCGAAGCUCUAAGGAGGCGAUUCGAGGCGCUGAAGAAGCGUUGAGAAUCAUAGCUGGUCCAUGAAUGCAAGACUGCUGCAUAUGGACUAUCAGAUAGGGAACGUGAUCCGAAUCGUACGUGUCUAAUUAUGUCUGUGUAUAUUACGGAUGUCGUUUU